AUGACCCAAAGGAUGGCCAGGAAGGAGUUGACCUAUAUGACUUGGGAUCAAGAAACUGAAGAGGCGGGGACUUUCUCGGUGGCCAGCGAGGAAGUGUUAAGGAGCAGAACCAUGAAGAAAGCCAAGCGCAGGAGCGGGAACAUGGCGUUUGAACCUGACAAGGGAGGAGGAGAAGGAGCCUUUAAAGAUUUCAAAGGCCUGGUGGCUUCUUCCGGGGGAGGUGGAUUUUCUGGAGGGAAGCCUCUGACAGGGCUGACAACGGGCACCUUCCCGGGCGCGGCCGCUCCCUGCGCCACCGCGCAGGGCUCCGUGGAGCCGCAGCCAGGCCCCGCUUCUGCUGCAGACGUCCCCACCGCCACGGUGGCUGAGAAGCUUUCAGAGCCCCAACUCCAGGGCAGCCCUCAGCGGCCUUCCUCUUCCGGCAAAGCCUGCGCCGUUAUCUUGUAUUACAAGCAGUUGGCUGGUCUAAACUGCUCUGUUCGAGAUUGGAUAGUGAAGCACGUGAAUGCAAAUCCAUUCUGUGACCUGACGCCCGUUUUUGAAGAGUAUGAGAAGUAUUUAGCUACAAUUGGACAGCAGUUUGAGGGCGAUGGCAGUGAUCACCCAGAAAGCGAGGCUAGUAAGGUGCUGGUUGAAAUGCACCCUCCUCCCCUACUUGGUUCAGAGGAACUCCAGGGAGAUUCAGCGUCAUUGCUUCCCGGCCUUCGUCCCGAGCGCCCACUGGUAAAGAUGGCCUACUCCGUGCACGGGGCAGCAAGUACCCCACUGAAGACAGGCGAGAAGAGUGCCAGCUCAAUUCUGGGCUCACUAAGCUCUAGUCCCCUGCCCGGAUUUUCACUCUUCCCUGAAAACAUCUGCUUGUUUGGUAAAGAUGCUAACCAGAGUAAGCCGGUUUCUUCUCCUAUUUCUGCUAACGCACUGGAGAGUCCAUCAGAAGGGGGCAGUAAGCAGUACAGGGAUGGAGAUGAGGAAGAGGGCGAUGAGCCUCCCGAGGUGGUCCCUACUAAGGUGAAGAAGGAUGCCUUCUACUCCGGAAAGUGUAAGCUGUUUUACAAGAAAGGCAAGGCAUUUAAGGAGAAGGGUGCGGGGACCCUGCAUUUGAAACCCGCGGCAAAUAAAAAGACGCAAUUGUUAGUGCAGGCUGACAGCAGAUUAGGCAACGUGUUGCUGAAUAUUCUGAUUCCGCCCAACAUGCCCUGUUCAAGAAAAGGGAAGAACGGCGUCGCCAUCGUCUGCGUGCCCGACCCGCCGCUCGACGAGAAGAGCGCCAGCAACCCGGCCACCCUGUUAUUUAGAGUUAAAACCAGCAAGGAUGCAGAAGGGUUGCACAGAAUUUUACUGGAGAAGAAGAAUGCCUGA